GGCGGCCGGGAGCGCGCGGAGCCGGGCGGGCGCCAUGGGCAAGCGGUCGCGGGCGGUGCCGGGUCGGAGGCCCAUCCUGCAGCUCUCGCCGCCGGGGCCGCGCGCGGCCGGGCUGGGCCGGGAGGAGGCGGCGGCCGAGGGCGACUCGGGCUCGGAGCCGGAUGAGCCAGAGGUAGUUGGGGAAGCUCCCAAAACUGCUUCAAACCCACCACAAAUGACUGUGCCAGCUGGACCUGCGGCUGUCAGGCCAACAGGUGGCUUAUGUUUGCUUGGUGCAUAUGCUGACAGCGAUGAUGAAGAAGGUGAGGCGUCUGAGAAGUCCGUGCGCUCUGCAGAUGCAAACGGAAAUAAUUCAGCAGACAUUGACAGCACACUGGCUAACUUCCUAGCGGAGAUUGAUGCCAUUACAGCUCCUCCCCAGCCAGCCAAAUCCACCACCACUGCCACUUCUGCUCCACCUCCGACCCCUCCCCGCCCAGAGCCCAAGGAAUCUUCCUCAGGUCAUUCCUCCACAACAGCAAAUGGGGCAGCCUCUGCCCAGACGGUGAAGUGGCAAUAUGAUACCCAGUGUUCACUAGCUGGAGUGGGAGUGGAGAUGGGAGACUGGCAGGAAGUAUGGGAUGACAACACAGGUUGCUAUUAUUACUGGAACACUCAAACUAAUGAGGUGACCUGGGAACUGCCCCAGUACCUUGCAACACAGGUCCAGGGUCUUCAGCAUUAUCAGCCCAGCACUGUGGCAGGUGCCAAUGGGAGUUUCUUGGUAGCUGCAGACGUUUACCCUCAGGAAAAGGGUGCUGCUGUUGGCAGUGCUAAUCGUGGGACCAUCCUUCCCAAGCGAGAGGUGAAGAAGGAGGUGAAUGAAGGUGUCCAAGCCCUUUCCAACAGUGAAGAGGAGAAGAAGGGAGUGGCAGCAUCUCUGCUGGCUCCACUCUUGCCUGAUGUUGUGAAGGAGGAAGAGGAGCGGUGGAGGAGGAAAGUGAUCUGUAAGGAGGAGGUAGAACCAACUCCAGAAGAGGACACGACAGCCCAGGGAGCAACAGUUGCUGCUGAAGAGCAGGAACCUUCCAGGGGUCCUCUGGAAGACCCAUCACAGGAGGAUUUGUGCAGUGUAGUGCAAUCAGGCGAGAGUGGUGAGGAGGAGGAGGAGCAGGACACGCUUGAGUUGGAGAUGGUGCUGGAGAGGAAGAAGGCAGAGUUACGAGCCUUGGAGGAGGGAGACGGCAGUGUUUCAGGCUCCAGCCCACUCUCUGACGGAAGCCAGUGUGCAUCUCAGGAUGUGAUGCGCCGGCAGGCCUCCAAGCGAGGCAAAUGGAAACUUUUUGUGGGAGCAGGCAGCCCAGAGUCAACCAGCCGGGGCUCAAGCAAGACUGGCCGAGAGAGUCCCGAAACUGGGGAAGCAGCAGUGAGUGCAGAAGCAGUUGAGGAGAAUUCAGACAAAGAAAUAGAGACAGAGGAGCUUCAGGACAAAGUGAAAGUGCAAGGAGCGCCGAAAGUAGAAGAGGAGCAGGACCUGAAGUUUCAGAUUGGAGAGCUAGCAAACACCCUGACUAGUAAGCUGGAGUUCCUGGGUAUCAGCAGACAAUCCAUCUCCAACUUCCAUGUGCUCCUGUUGCAGACUGAGACCCGCAUCGCAGACUGGCGAGAAGGCGCCCUCCAUGGCAACUACCUCAAACGCAAAUUGCAAGAUGCAGCUGAACAGCUAAAACAAUAUGAAAUAAACGCCACCCCUAAAGGCUGGUCCUGCCACUGGGACAGGGACCAUAGGCGCUAUUUCUAUGUUAAUGAGCACACGGGAGAGUCCCAGUGGGAGUUCCCAGAUGGAGAGGACGACGAGGAGGGGCAGCAAUCUCUGGAGAGCAAAGCUGAAGCUCCUCCUAAACAAGCUUCAAAAGAGAAAUUGGAGGCUGGGGCAGACUCAGCGGACAGCUCCACAGGCUCUCUCUGUAAGGAGUCCUUCUCUGGCCAAGUUCCUUCUACAUCUCUCAUGCCACUUACUCCAUUUUGGACUCUGCUUCAGUCUUCUGUCCCUGUGCUCCAACCCCCUUUGCCUCUGGAAGUUCCACCACCUCCACCACCUCCUCCAGAGUCGCCACCACCCCCACCUCCGCCGCCACCUGGUGAAGAUGGAGAGAUCCAGGAGGUAGAGAUGGAAGAUGAAGAAGGGGAGGAGCCACCAGCCCCAGGAACUGAGGAAGAUGGUCCUCUGAAACCUCUUCUUCGCCCAGCUAUCCCAAGCAGUCAGAAUACCACUGAGCCCAGCCCCUCCACAGUGCUUUCUGCCAAGUCUCAGAAGAGGAAAGCUACUGAAAUGAGCAUGGGGCUGGUGCAGCGAACAGCCACCAUUGGCAGCUGUCCUGUUCUCUACAGUCAGCCUGUUAUGGUUUCCAGUAAGUACGGGCCAUCAAGCGGACCCCUUGGCUCUCUGAAACCAAGACAACGGCUGCAAGGGGAGAUCCAGGGACGUGCCAAUCUCCGUCUCUCUCCUAUGUAUGCAGGGCCUCAGUCCACAGGGCUGAGCCUCCAGUCUAACUACAUGGGAGUGGCUGCACCUCCUCUCAUGAGCUACUCAGAGUGUUCUAUGCCUGUGAGGCUUGCUGCCCCCACAGUGCAGCCAACCCCUGCCCGAGGAGCUCUGCCUGCCACCAGUGCAUCCGAACAGCCACCUCCACCACCUCCACCUCAGCCACCACCUCCACCGCCGCCUCCUACCACAAAAGCGUUGCCUCCCGAGAAGCCAAGGAAAGGCAGAAAGGACAAGAGCAAGAAGGGUAAAACAAAGAUGCCAUCUCUGGUGAAGAAGUGGCAGACCAUCCAGCGGGAGCUGGAUGAGGAGGAGAACUCUAGCUCCAGUGAGGAUGAUAGGGAGCUGACCACGCAGAAGCGGAUUGAGGAGUGGAAGCAACAGCAACUCAUGAGUGGCAUGGCAGAGAGAAAUGCCAACUUCGAGGCUCUGCCGGAGGACUGGCGGGCACGGCUCAAGCGGAGAAAAACUACAUCAAACACAUGAUCCCUCCAGCAGUAUUGCAUUUACCACAUGUACAGUUUAGAACUUUUUUUUUUUUACCAAUGUGACCGUUGUCCAAUACAUUGUAACCAUUUGGGAUAUUCUGUUUCAGUUGAAUGGGCUGAUGCAGGCAUUGCACGGCCUAGAGAGUCUCCUGUGAGGCAGGGUGGAGAUGGCUGAGAAAGGCCUGUUGAGGUGUUUUACUGGGCAAAGUGGAUGAGUUCUGACAGUUUAAUUGGCAAUGACAGAAUCAGGCAGAGCUGGGAAUGGGUCUAAUUUGAGGUUGCACUUAAUUUAUGGGGCAGUCAAGUCAGAACCUUCCAAGGGGAAGGCUGAUCUUCCUUGUGUUUUACACUUGGCUCUCUAGGGUGUCCCUCUAUAGUUGUCAUGUCUGGUGUGUGCCAGGGCUGCAGCCUUGCUGUGCCUGCAUAGACUGGGUCCAACAAGAUGUGCAUGCUGGCCCCAUUAGAAAUGGGCAGUGCCAUGGCUGUCCUUAGACCCUCAGAAGGUUCAGUAAGCCCUGAGUUUCUUCUCAUGCUUGUCUGCAAGUGCUGUGUUAGCACAGUUCUUGCUGUCCAUUGAUAUGAGUGAAUAGACCCGUCCACUCUGCCCAGGGGAAUACAAGUCAGUCAGUCCCUGGAUGUGUUUGGUGCGUUCAUCUGCCCACAGGUGUCACCCUGUGAGUCUUUGGUGCUGGGAGCUGCUCCUGGAAAAUCAUUGCGGUUGUUUUCUCUUUAGUCUUCUCCCAGUUCAGGUCCCAGUUCCUUCUGUCUUUGCCAGUUUGAUUGUUUCAGCUAAAGUAGCAUUUUGUCUGUGUUAAAGGAUCCCCCUGCCCCCAAUCCUUCAGCUCUUCCCAACUCUUCCUACAUUUGGUCAGAAUUAGGUAACAAGUCACUCUUUCAAGCUGAAAGAUUGGGAUUUCCAGCUAUUUGUAUUUCUCUACGUUUUGGUUUUGUAUAUUUGUACAUAGACAUUAAUAAAAAUCCCUUUUUAUACUUCUCAA